UGGAAGCUGUAAAAUGAGGUUGUAUGAAUGGGAUAACUGAAUGUUGAGUGUUAUAUCUAUUUUACCCCAAGGCCAAGCAUCUAUUGAUGGCGUGUUGCUUCAAAUUAUCCUGUAUAUAUCACUAUGGACUGUCUAUGGGCGUGUUCUUCAUUUAGUUUGCUUGAUUCCAUGCAGGGCGUAUUUUUCUUCAACAUCGUUCAAUGGACUCCGAUCAAGUACCUGGGCUACUCAUAUCCAUUCUGGGCGCACGCCUUCGGCUGGUUUACUGCACUCUCGUCAAUGUUGUGCAUUCCCGGCUAUAUGAUCUGGCUGUGGAGAAAUACUCCGGGAGAUCGCGCCAAUAAAAUUCGACUGAUCGUUCGAAUCGAAGACAGCGUGAGCCAACUCCGGGAGAGAAUGCAAGCCGAUGCCGAGAAGGGCAUGGAACUGUAGAAAAAGACGCUCUGUCCUCCAUUAAACCAUUUCCGCUGGCUUUAUCCAGCGGAUCUUUUGACCACUCGAAAUCAUUAUAUAUAUUAUUCUUUCCUUUCACUGUUCUUUUUAUGCAAUUAUCGAAUCGACCAACCGAUAUAUAUUAAACCAGUUUUUGAAUGUAACGUAAGUAGCAGAUCCAUCUCCCUGGUAAAAAUAUAGUAUGCAUUGUAUUUCAUUCGAACCUAAUCAAUCAUCCGAAUCAUUAACUUUUGAUAGUGAGUGAAACAUUCAAUAGUUAAGAAGUAUACAUCGAGAUAAUAAAUUUCUGUCGACAUGCCUGAUUUAUAUAGCACUUUCUUUUCUAUUAGUAAUUAUAAACUCAUCCUGGGACUUACUUCGGAUUUUUGCUCAGCAUCCAUAAGUAUACAGAAUAACGGACAUAUUUUGUGGUAUGUU